UAAGACCUUGGCCUGGUUUUGCUGGGCAACAGUUGAGUUGAUUGAAGGUUUACAAAAUGUUUCAAUAUCUGGCUUUUAUCCUGCUAAUUGGUGUGUGCGUGGCCAACGACGAUGAUGCCCAUGCCCAUGUGGCGAAUCAGUACAAAAAGGAGGAUGGCCACGGCAAGUUCUCCUAUGGCUUCGAUUUAACCAAUGGCAUCGGAGCCGGAGAGGCUGGCGAUGAGCACCAAGUGCAUGGCGAGUAUCACUUCACCUCGAAGGAGGGCCUGCCCGUGAAGGUAUCCUAUACGGCGGAUGAGCAUGGCUAUCAUCCGCAUGGCGAUCUCCUCCCCACUCCUCCGCCCACUCCAGUGGCGAUUCUCAAGGCGUUGGCCUACAUCGAUGCCCAUCCGCAGAGGGAACAACAUCGCCCAGUUGUCCAUCAUCAUCAUCAACAUCCUGGGCAUCCAAUGCAUCCGACAGUCAGUCCGCAUGGCCAUCGUCAUCACUGAGCACUCGAAUGGGUCAUAUUCCGGCCAGGGCGUCGCUGAUUUCCCACUGCCAUGCCCUGUUGAACAAAUAAAAGGUUACGACGCAACAA